AACUGCGAAUCGGCUCUCAUCGUUCACUUACAAGAGCCGUUCAAAAGACCGACUCGUUCGCGAACGUCACAUCUCUAGAACGGAGGCCAGUUCAAACGUUGGGAUACUGCUGCACAAAUAACAGGGUGAUAAAUGGAGGUUAAAAAACAACAAGAUGAAAUGAAAACCAAAUUACUCCACCAGUUUACAACGGCUAACUAUACCACAAAUACAACUAACUACUCUCCGCCACAACCACAACUAGCUAGUAACAUUUUCUCUACAACUUCAAGGAUUCUCACACUAACGCUAGCCACAUCUGCUUGGACACAAACAGGAGAGCAGGAGACGGAAGUCUGGUCUUGAUCUUUUCAAAAAUGGACAGGAAGUGCCAAGAAGAAGGCGGAGGACCCAGUCCAGACUUGGACUUGUGACUUGCAUGCAUCUUUUAUGCAACACCACAGACUAAAACCCUGCUCGGCUUCAAAAGAGCGGAUGUGAGGCUUGUUUGUGUGCGCAGCAGGUUCAGACAUAAUCAACUGAGGGUUAUUUGUAUGCUUGUGUCAGUGUGUGUUUGUGUGCAUGUGUGUGAAGGCACAGCUCUCUGACAGCGGUAUAUACCCAGUCUAACACAGUGGUGUGUCUUUCCCUCCCACAAGACUUGACUUAAAACCUCACAAGCUGGCUGAUCAUAUGAUGUUGCUUUAAGGAGCCUGGAGGGGGAAGUACAAACUUGCUUUUGUUACGUGUCACCAAAAGUCUGCUACUCUGCAAAUCUGUCCUGCCACACCAAGAAGCUAAAAAAUGAGAAGUGUGGUCUAAAAUAGAAAAAUAGAAACAUAACUCUUCUCCAAGCUGGACCAUUUCUGCAUUCAGAGGGAUGUGUGGAUGGAGUGUGUAGCCUCCUUCAGGGUCUCAAAUUUGAAGGAUUUCACAAAAUGAGCAUCCUUCAAACAGCGAAGGAGGACGUUUCAUAGCAAGACAACACUCACAUCUACAAAACUUCCACCACAGCAAAGGGCCUGACUAAUGGAGGAGGAAAACUUCUGCCUCUCUACGCCAGAUGUUACAGAUUCAGCCCUUCAACAGGACUCGUGGACCUCUGUAGGGCACCACUGCGUCAAUGGAGGACAGCAGGGCGCCGAGAGGGACGGGGCAGAGGUUGAGAUAAACCAGGAACAUGACACAGAUCAGAUUUGUCAGUCCCUGAGGGCUGACAGAGACUCUCCUGAGGAGGAAGAGCCGUGGGAGCAAAUCAUAUGGCCAACGGUGCGCCCAAUGACCUGCACCAGUCCUCAGAUGUCUUUUGCCACAGUGCAGUGGGACAUGCCCGACCCAUUUGCAGAGACGCCUUCGCCUGUGAGUCACAGCAGCUUGGCCAAUGAGCUGGACUAUGUUGGCGUGACGAGCGUAGGCACCACUUCCCCAUUGCUUCACCCGUCCGAAGACGUAGAUGGAGAGAAAUUCAGGGAGGAGGACGGAGAGGAGGACAAGGGGUUUGAUUCUGAGCUUCUGAACGGGAACUGCUUUGAGCCAUGUGAUGCUACUCAUGUGCAAGAGCCGGCGACACAGGAAGAGGAAGAUUCAACCCAAGAGCUGUUAGGCAGCAGCAACGAAAAUGUUGAAGAAAUCCCUCUGAGGACAGACUCAAAAGAAGAAGAAGUAGAGGAGGAGGAGGAGGAGGAGGAGGAGGAGGAGGAGGGCGAGUCUUUUAGCUCAGAUCCAGUUGUGUCUUUGGUAAUAGUCAAAACUCUUCAAGAGGUGGAAGACUCAGAAGACGAGGAGGACUGUUUUGUAGAUUUAAACCUAGAAGAGGAACAGGAUGAUCCCUUAGUUCUGCUGACGAGACAGGGAGACUCAGAGGAAGAGCAGACUUCGUUAAAUGGCACUGAGGCUGAAGAGAAGGACGAGGAAGGAGCUGAGGUAGAAGAGGACGAGGAGCGAGGCCAGGUAGAGGAAGAAGAGAGUGCUGAAGAAAGUAGAGCAGCAGAGGCUGACAUCUGUCUGAGUCACGUGGAGAUUACUGCAGAGCCACAACAAUCUGACGGAACUGGACCGACUCUAAACACAGAUAAGCUAUUUGAUCCAGAGCAGCCAGAGUGCUCAGAGGACACGAGGCAAUCCAGGGAGGAAGAGGACGUAGAGCUACAAGAGGAAGGUCCAAGAGCACAGACUGAAGAGGUAGAAAUGUGCGAAGAUGUAGAUCAGAACCUGGACCCUGAACAAUCAGAGGCUGCAGAUAACAUUGAAGAACCGUCGAUUCAGGUGGUAGAUGAUGCAGAGAGGGCGGAAGACUCACAAGAGAUACUAGAGCUGACCGAAAAACUGCAGGAGACGAGUUGUUCAGAGCAUCAAGAGAGUGAAAGAAGAACCUCACAAGACUCAGAGACGUCAGAGUGUGAGCAGCUUCAGACGAUCCAAGAAGAGGAGCCAAACUCUGAUGAGCAGGUAGAGCAGUCAGAGCAACCGGAGCAGUCACCGAUGGAAUCAGCAGACGAGUCAACCCCGACUGAAGACGCAGACCCGUCAGGAGAGUCCACUCUGUCAGAGCAGACAGUUAGCGUCGAAGCCCAAGACCCCAGAGCAGCAGAGCAGCAGGAACAGACGGAGCCACCCGAGCAGAAUGAGCAGCAAACGUCCAACGAGCAGCUUGUGCAGCCGGAGAAGAUGGACGAGCCUGAAGUGACAGGGCAGCUGUCGCCCGAGACCGAGGUCGUGCAGCAGACAGCGGAGGCAGAGUUCAGUCAGGCUGAGACGUCACAUCAGGCUGAUGAAGGGGAAGGUGUGAAAGAUACAAACCUGCAAACUGUUGUCUCAAAUGGAGUGCAACACAAACCCACAGACACAGCAGUGCCUCUUAUGAACGGAGGGGAGGUGGACAGGGAGGCAGCCCGCCGCCUCGCUGAGCGGCUGUUUAAGUUGGACGGGAUCCAGCGUGUCGAGGUGGUGAAGCACUUAGACAAAGAUAACGACUUCAGUCGAGCUGUCGGCGAGGAAUACCUCAAAUUCUUCGACUUCACCGGGCAAACUCUGGAUCAUGCCCUGAGAUCUUUCCUUAAGGUGGUGGUGCUGAUAGGAGAGACUCAGGAGAGGGAGCGUGUGCUGCAGCAGUUCGCCUGCCGCUUCCAUGAGUGCAACCCAGACUCCUUCUCCUCCUCAGGGUCUGUGUUGGCUCUCACAUGCGCCGUGAUGCUUCUCAACACUGACCUGCACGGACAGAAUGUAGGAAAAUCCAUGUCCUCCCCUAAGUUUGUGGUCAAUCUGGAUGGGAUGAAUGAAGGAGAAAACUUCAACAAGGAUUUCUUAAAAAGUCUUUACAACUCCAUAAAGAGUGAAGCGCUGGAGUGGGCCGUUGAUGAGGAGGAGUUGAAGGGCUCAGUGUUGUUGGAUGAAGAUGCAGAUGAAGUGAUGCUUCGUUCAAAGGCCAACCCUUUUCAGGAUGUUCCUCACAACAAGACAGCCACCGUGGUCAAACAAGGGUUUCUGCAGAGAAAGCUCCACGCGGACAUCGACGGCAAACGCACUCCCUGGGGGAAAAGACGCUGGAAGACUUUCUAUGGCGUGCUGAGGGGAAUGGUCCUUUACUUACAGAAGGAUGAUUACAGAAGGGAUCAGCCGACGAACGAGGACGUGGUGAGCCUGCAUCACUCUCUGGCCGAUCAGGCGGCCGACUACACCAAGAAGCCACAUGUGCUCCGCCUGCAGACAGCCGACUGGAGGGUGUUCCUCUUCCAGGCCUCAUCCAGAGCAGAGAUGAAUUCAUGGAUCAGCCGCAUCAACCUAGUGUCGGCUCUUCACUCCUCGCCUCCGUUCCCCGCUGCUGUCGGCUCUCAGAGGAGGUUCUGCAGGCCGAUCCUCCCCGCCUCCCAGUCUGCACACACUCUGGAAAGUCAGCUGCAGUCUCAUGCAAAAAUGCUGGAGUCCUUUAAGACUGACUUGUCGCACCUGCAGCAGAACCUUCCUGAGGGAAAGAAAGUCAAAGCCAAGGAGCUGGAGGAGCAGCGAGUCAGAGCAGAGUACCUGGCUCACGAGAUGAGUCGCUAUGAGAUCUACAUUCAGGUUCUGGAGGCCUGGAAGAAAGUCAAAACGACAGACGACGACACGUUGACCACCGCAGAUCUGAACCUGUUCGAUAAAGCUGUGUGCGACGACACUGUGGGAGAGGAGGAAGGUGCCCUGAAGAAGUCCUACUCCAGCCCCUCUCUGGAGCUGGAGAUGGCUCCCCCGUCGGUGAUCAAAGUCAGACGCAACAUUUCAGAAAGACGGACUUAUCGCAGGACCAUCAUUCCCCGGUGGAAUAAAGAAUCCUGAGAGACUCGGAGGUAACACGACCCAUUAAAGAACAUUUGAAACCACAGAUUCAAACAUGUCUUCUGUGAGCUGACAGGACUUCACCUGAUGAAGAGAAACAACAAUAUCCUAUCUUAAAACUUCUUAAACUCGCUUUUAUGUGUCUGAAUUGCCUUUUGCACUUUUAUGAAGUAAACCUCAGGGAAUCUCCGCCCCUCUCUGGAAGGAGGAAGUGGAUUCAUUUGUUGUGACACAAAAUAUCUGGACCUUUAUCUGGAUCUUUGUUCAAACUUUGUUCUUUUUAGGACUCAAAAGGUACAAAUUUAUUCUCAAUUCUUGUUUGACUUUGUGCAAAAAAGUGUCAUUAAAAAUACGACCACUAGAGGGUACUGUAACACAGCACAUAUCUGAGUGAGCAGAGGGAGCAGGACGUGCUGACUGUUUUUUUGAGGAAUUCUAUUUGCACUUUUAUCGUUUUUUUAUACGUGUGUAGAUAAAACAUUGACUUGUUUUCUGUGAGUGUUCAUGAUGUUAGUGUUACUGUUACAUUUUUUUCUUACAUGACGACUUAAGUUCUUAUAUAUGACAGUUUUUGUUCUCACUGUGGGGAAAAAAAUGUUGCUCCUGCUGUAUUCGUUCAGAUCAGCUGUUCAAACUUUUAAUUUGAAGGGCUGGGAUUUUGUUUGUGCUCUUAGAUUCAGGUAAACAAGCCAUUCAGUAUUUGCUGAAGUUGAGUUUUAUUAAAUUAAUGUCAAAUACAAAGUUUUCCUUAAAGAUGUAAUGCUCAUAUAUGUGAAAUGUAACAAAGGAUGAAGAAGUUAAAUGUGUCAACAAAGAAAUUUCAAUUUUAAAA